CUCAACUUUCUACUUCAACAACUACAACCACGCUCGUUAGCGUUCAAUUUCGAUUCUAUCCAAAGGAAAGGCUAGACGAGACAGGCUCCAAAAAGCAAGGCUCUGCCACAUAGACAUGUCAUACAACCUCUCGGUCAUCGUGUACGGUCCUGGUGAUGAUCCGAACCACCGCUCCCACUGGGCUUUCGCCUUCCAUGCGCCCGGCUCCUCGGUCGGCAACAUUCUCCAUGUCACUCUUCUCGACCUCAACAAACUCGUCUAUGCUUUCGAAAAGCGCAAAGGCGUCGAGGUUCAGUCUAAAUCAUCCGAAGGCUACUUUACCAUCGCAACCUUGUCGCUAGAGCAGUAUCAACGCGCGGAUCGGAUCAUCAGUCAGGAGCCGGCUCCGAAUAAUGGGAAGGACAGGUGCCAAGAUUGGGUGCAGAAUUGUAUCAUUGCACUCGAGGUGGAAGAGAUUGUUCCGCCAGGGACGAGCGAGUGGCUUGGAGGGUUGGUGGCACAGCCAGCGGCGACGGUGGCGAGUAAGACUGGGUCCCGCUGGGUGCGUACGGUUCGUUAGAGGCGCCUUGAGCAUGGCUGUCAAGUACUGGAUGAUUUCGAGUAAGAUAUUCGACUCAAAAGCCACUGUAUAAUACAAGUGCUCGAUCCAGCUCUUUCAGUAUAUGAUACUCCGCCUUUGCAUCAUCGGGGAAUACAUUGUCGAGUAAUUUGAUCCAUUCGGGUUGUCGAGCUCGUA